AUGUGUUCUGUCAGCACAGAUUUUAUAAUGUAUCAGAUGAAGCACAAGGAAGAGGAAAACAAGGGUGGAAUCCAUCUCCGUGACCGUCAUUGCCUUUACGAGGCAUCCUCCUUGGCCCCGGAGCAGCCAGACUCUCCUCUGACUCUCCCUCAGUGUGACUCAAUGGCACCCCCACUGCGCCCCAUCCCACAGAGCUCGUCUCCACACACCCCUUGGUUAGCUUCUUCUGUCCCAGUCAUCCCGGGCCUGGGCCGCUCAAGCUAUCCCAUUUCCGCGCUGUCCUGGUGGCAAGAGGCUGCCAAAACCUGGAGCCUCUCCACAUCCACACGCUUGGAGUCCGAUCAAGAGUCUCUGGCCCACCCCUUACCAGAGGCCUUGUUCUGGGGAGACCCCACACACGGACAGGGAGAGACUGGAAUCCCCCCUUUCAUCAACCCUGACAUCCAGAAGCUUCUGGAGAUACUAAUCGCCAAGAGAACAGAACUGAAGAUUUGGAAGGAGAAGGAAAAGAAGGAAGGGUCAGACUGCCACCCGACCUCUUUUGAGAGAAUGUUCAAGUUGCCAGGUGACAAGCAGGACACCAUGGGUGACCAACACUUCUGGAGCUUGAGAGGCAAACCAAAACAGCUGCUUGGUCCUGAGAAGCCCCCACAUCCCAAGACUUCGGGGAACAAUUUACAGCAGAAAUGCAACCAGCUCUUCUGGGGUCUUCCCUUUCUGCACAGUGAGUCCCUGAUGGCCACUAAGAAGACACCAUCUUUCAUCUCAACUGCAAUUCAAAACCUGGAAUGUCACUUUUUGAAGAAGCAACUAGAAAGGGGCAGGACCUUACCUGCUGUGGUGAAAAGAUCUCAGGAAGUCUUUAGUCAAGGUCCUCCCGACCUUCCACAGGAUGGCCAGGGCCCCCAAGGCCACGGGUCAGUCUCUGUCCUUCCCGGGGACUUGAUCGACCCUGAGCUCCGGAAGCAACUGGAGUGGCACCUUUGGAAGAGGUUCGUGAAGCACCAAAGUGGCGUGCCCCACAGGAUCCAGCUAUCUGUAAAGCUGAUACAGCCUCACGGAGAGUUCCGGAAGGUGCCACAGGCAAACAGCCAGCACAAGCCCGCGUCUGAGUCUGACUCUACAGACGGAACCUGCCAGGCUACACAGAAGACUGGGUCCAGGUACCCAGCAAGGACCAUGCCAGGAAAAAACCUGGACAAGGAUUCAAGGUCUACUGCAGGGAGGAUCCGGAAAGAUCUACACAGGGGCUUGGCGAGCUCUCCAGGGAAGGCUCCAGGAAUAAAUUCUGAGGAGUCAGACACAGACUUGAAACCUUCAACAAGCAGCGCAGACGAGAAGCACCCAGAGAAGGUCCUAAGAGCCCAUUUGGGCAGGAAGUUGGGACAGAUCAGAGAAGGUCAGAUCCCUGCAGAUGUUCAUUGUUCCAGACUCACUGCCCACCAUGCCUUGGACCUUCUCAGAAAGCCAAGCACUCACAGGAAAACUGGAAAGCCAGCAUUUUCCAAGGGUUGGGAACCCUGCAGGACCACCUCUCACAAUUUUUCCAUCCUCAGUCCAUACACUCAACGGAUGCUAGAAGCACAUAUUAUAAGGUUUCGGGUGAAGCACAGGUGGAGCCUACCCCUCAAGGUCCUCAAGCCUAUAAAUCUCUUUAAGUUGAAAAAGGGCUUCCUCUUUCCCUGGUCCUCCAUUCCCUGCUUAGCCACCUGUGUAUCUAAGGCCCGCUCCAAAACCAAGUUCUUGGGAAAACCUCCUCAGCCCCAUCAAGGAGAGAAGGUGGUAGAAGAGUCUGAUCCCACCUUGGGGAGUCCUCUCCCUGCUCCCCAGCCUACAUGUGAGGAAAUCCAGCAGGCCCUGGAAGGGACCUCACCACGUGAUGGCUGUGGGCCUUCGGAAGCCCCUCUGGCUGGACAGGAGGCCAGGUCACCUUCUCAGACCCUCACAUACAGCUUUGUGGGCAGAAUCUGGCACAGUGAACCUGCCUCAGGGUCUCUUAUGAAUAGCAACCUGGAGUCAAGUCCAAGUCCAGCAAUGGCCACAAGUGAGCCAAGGAAGGAGAGUGGGGGUUGGGCCUCACAAGACUCCUGCUAUAGCAUAGAAGUGCUAGAGCUCAACUUAGAGUCCCAGUAUUUGAGUGCUAAAGAGUUCAGGGACGCUGGGGAGGUCGAGGAGGCUCCCGCUUGGGGAGUCACCUUGGAACCCGGUGUGUGGGCCAACAACCAAACCAUCCAUGCAGAUCUGAGAAGAUCAGGGUCUUCAGAGAAAAGUGACAGCCCCUCGCCACCUACAGAGUUGGUCGCCCAAGACCCAGAAGAGCUAUGCGUUGAUGCACAGCUUAGAGAGUUUGAGCUCCGGAAGUUCAUGGAGUCAGAGAACCAGCCUCAAGACAAUGCCGCCAGCGUGCUCCUUCAAGACUGUGAAACUGGUGUCCUCCUUCAAGACUGUGCCACUGACAGCCUUCUUCAAGACUGUCAGUCUGAUGUAUUCCUUGCCGCAGACAUCUUGGCUUCUCAGGGGUCUCUGUAUGGCUUCCAGAGUGGGUCCAGUGAAGACACAUCAACUUCCCAGGUGCUGUACGGCCUCACAUCAAGAGGACAGAAAAUCCAGAGGCAGCCAGAGCCUCUGGGACUGCGGGACCAAUAUAAGAGCCCGAGCAAGUCAUCUGCCCCCACUGCUGAGAGAGAGUACCACAGGAGGCCCAGCCCGAGAGAGCCUGGAAAAGAGUUGUCAGCACUAAAGAUCCUCCAAAUCAGUGAGAUGAGCCAUACUGUCCAGCACAAGGACACAGUGGAGUCCUCAGGAAGAAAGGCCCGUCAACUCUUGCUGAAAAAGGAGACGGCUCCUCCAGAAAGCUACUUCAGAAGAAGGAUGAGGCACUUUAUACAGUGGGUUUUUUCCAGUAAAGGCAAAGGACUGGAAGAUUCCCUUCAAAAAGGCAAGUCUUCAUCAUUCCGGAGUCGGGGACCGGUCACAGGCAGAUCAGCUGUGGACAGUGCAACUGCCGAGGCUCAGGUGCUCAUGACAGCUGUGGGACAGAUCCUACAGCAGAAAAUGGUGCCUCACCAUGGAGUUCGGGCCCCGGAGUUCAGCUGGUGCCAAAGGGAUCUCCAGGCUUCAGCAGGUCCCAAUGUCUGCUACCACAGAGUCCUCUCCUAUCAAGAGCAGAGGAGAGUGAUGAGAGAGACAGCUUCCAACCAGCAAGCCACCGCCAAGGGCCACAGCUAUGCCAAGACCGAGUGGAUCAGAAGCAGGGACAACAGGUUUUCAUCAGCUUGUUCGGACCACACUUUAGAGAAACAAAAGCACAAGCAAACUGCCACCAACCUCCAAUGA